AUGAAUUAAACUAGAAGUAAAGUAGAAUAAGAAAUUUCUAGUUUGAAGGAGGAAAUAUAAAAAUCUUAAGAAAAAAAUUAAUAAUAAAAAGAUAGUAUAAUUUAUAAUUUAAUUAAAAAAAAAUAUAUAAGAGUAGUAAUAAAAUUUACUGGAGAUUAAGAGAUAAUAAAUAGAAUUGGAAGUAGAAUAGGCUCUUAAAUUAAAAUUAAUGACAACCUUAGAGAUAAAAUGAAAGAACUGUAUUAAGAAAUAGAAAAAAAGAAUCUUGAAAUUGAAAAUAUUAAAUACUCAAAGGAUGCAUAAUUAAUUGAGAUGAACAAAUCUGAGAGAGAAUGGAUAGAUUAAAUUAAUGCUCUAGAAAAUGAAAUAAAAAAAAUAAAAUAAGAUGGAAAAAAAAUAAGAAGUUAAUUAUAAUUAGAGAAUCAAAUUAAAAAAAAAAAUUUUUAUUUUAGAAGAUAUAAGUAAUUAAAAUAUGUAGAAAUCUAAUUAAGAUUUAGAAAAUCUAUUUAAAAAUUUAGAUUAAGAAACUGAGAAAUUAUAAAUUGAAGAAAAAAGAAGAGCUUAAGUAACUAAGAGAAUUAAAGAAAAUGCACUUACAAACGUAGGAGAUGGUAAAAUCAUUUCACUAACUUAAGCUCUUUUCAAAGAUAUGUAAAAUCCUUUUGACUUUCUAUUAAAUUAAAAUAUUAUGAC